AUGGGUAAAAAAUUUAAUCAUUCAGAAAUAUUUCCUAAUAACCCAAUGCCCAUGUGUAUAUGCGGUAGUUCCGGUUCUGGGAAAACUCAUCUCACUUUUAACAUGUUUACAACACCAAACCUUUUAGAUUUAGAUUUCUACACAACAACACCUGAGCAAUCGUAUUAUCAAUUUCUCAAAACUUUAGAAUAUCUACCAAAGAGAGAUGUUCACGACCUAUUUCAAUAUUACAAAGAAAACGUUGAAAAAGUGGAAUUGAAAGAUUUCAUAGAUAACUACAUCGAAGGAAAGAAACCAACGGAUAUAAAACGAAAGAACUUACUGUUGUUUGACGACUGCGUGGCGCAAAGAAAUCAAACCGUUCAACAAGAAUUCUUCACGAAAGGAAGACAUCACAACUGUCACUGCAUAUACCAAUCCCAAUCUUUUCACGGGAUGGAUUCUAUGUUCAUUAGAAAAAAUGCAAAUUGUUUUUUAUUAUUUGAAUUAAACGACAAAGAUAUAUCUCAAAUCGUUCAAUCGAUAAAUCACGGAAUGGACAGAGAUGCAUUUAAAAAGGUUUGUAAAGCUCAAUGGAGAUAUCCAGAUGAUCAUGGAUAUGUAUUUGUAAAUAAUAGAAAACCUGCGGGUGAAAGAGUUAUGAACGAUAUAUGUUAA